AUGGGGGCAAAGAUGCUGCUAGUGCCAGUUGCUGUGGGGCUAGCCCUGCUAAGUGGCCUCCAUGCUAUUGCUCCUGUCGGCCAAGAGUUCAUCACAGCCUUCAUGCAAAAUUACAAGCUGGACUAUCCUCAGAUUCAGUUCCAGCUCUUCAUCUCCAGCUACUCAUCAUCCACUGCGGUCACAGUCUCAGUCUACAAAUCUAAGUUUGAGAGUCACUUUAUUGUUGCCAAGGGUCAAACAGUAGCAGUGAAGUUGCCAGCUGAAGUAGAGAUGGUUGGCACUGUCAAAUUCUGCUAUACUGUCUUGGUGAGAGCUGAUCAAGACAUCUCUGUAUUGGCCUUGAACGCAAAGAAAAAUUCAGCUGAUACCACCAUUGUCUAUCCAGUCCACAGUCUUGGGGAUGAAUACUAUGUGCUUACACCUCCCGGAGAUCUGGCCCAGUCUUACAAGGAGUUCUCUGUGAUUGCAUGGAAUGAUGAGACUGCAGUGGAAAUCUACCUCAAGGGUAGCGUGAGAUUCCAAGAGCGCAUCUACCCAGCAGGCAGCAAACUGAGUGUAGUCCUUCCACCUUAUGAAGCUGUGCAGUUCCAGAGCCGGGAAGAUCUGUCUGGCACCCUCAUCCGAGCGGUGCAUCCAGUAGCAGUGCUGAGUGGACAUACCUGUGCCCACAAGAACACCAACUGCAACCAUGUUGUGGAACAGCUGCAGCCAGUAUCUAAUUGGGGUCGGGAGUUCUUUAUACCUCCUCUCGCUUUCCAGAUGAACUAUGAUCUUGCAUAUAUUGUUGCCUCCCAAUACACUGUAGUCACCUAUAUAUCUGGCAGGAUACAUACAAAUUACAAUCUGGUUGCCGGGCAGGUGCUUCAAAUGAAAGUCACUCGUUCAAGCCCUAUCUACAUCACAGCCAAUGUGGGCAUCCAGGUCUUCUUUUUCUGCACUGGUGGUUCCUAUUCUCAACUCACCUUUGAUCCCUUCUUCUUGAGUAUCCCUGAUAUGUCAAGUUAUUGCACAUCCUACUCUUUGACCAGCCAUGAAGGUUUCAAUAAUUUUGCACUCAUCAUCACCGAGACCACCUCCAUUGAUGAGAUCACCAUUGAUGGGCACUCACUGGGUGUAUCCUAUUGGAGAGAGAUCCCAGGAACAGCCUAUUCUUGGAGCGAAUAUAGCCUUGGGAAUGAAGGAGGUAUUCAUUCCAUGGCACAUCCAAACUCUCCUUUUGGCCUCCUAACUUUUGGUAUUGCUGAGAGGAAUGCCUACGGAGCAAUGGCAAUCUGCCAGAGUGUGCCUGUCCCUCAACCUUCCUGCAGUUCUACCCAGUGCCGGAAGAAAGAGACCUGCGAGAUAAUGAAUGGCGAUCCAGUGUGUGUGGCCCAGUCCUCUGCUACCUGCAGGGCACAGGGUGAUCCCCAUUACUUGACUUUCGACAAAAGGAAAUACAACUUCAUGGGAUGUGUGGAGACCUGCCAGUGUAAUAAGGGGUUUGUGCUGGAAUCUGGGCAAUGCAUUCCACAGGCUGCCUGUGGGUGUGUCUUUGAGGGUCGGCUGUUGGCUCCCAAAGAAGAGUUCUGGGGAGACAACUCCUGUACAAGACACUGUGUCUGUGACCCUCAAAGCAAGCAAGUGAGAUGUCAAGCUGCCAGUUGCAAGGAAGGAGAACAGUGCAAAGUGGAAAAAGGCAUCCAGAACUGCUACCCAACAAGCUUUAGCACUUGUUCCGCCAUUGGUUAUUCCCAUUACCAUACCUUCGAUGGGCAGAGUUUCAACUUCCAGGGCACCUGCCUCUACAUGUUUGCUGGACUCACCAAGAAGAGUAAAGAUUUGGUGGAUUUCAAGGUCUUGGUACGGAAUGCAGGCCAGGGUGGUUCAUCUGUGUCUCUCAACAAGUUGGUCACGGUUCAAGUCUAUGGCAUGGAGAUAUCGAUGAGCUGGACUUCCCAUGGGAGAGUCAUGGUGAAUGGCUUACUAACCCACUUGCCCUAUAGGAUGGGCCUGAACCAAAUUCUUAUCUACCAGAAGGGCUGGAAUGCUGUCAUCGGAACAGAUUUUGGCCUCACUCUUACCUUUGACUGGAAAAGUCAUCUCACAGUCACUGUGCCAAAAACCUAUGAAGGGGCUCUUGGGGGCCUCUGUGGCAAUUUUAAUAAAGACAAAGAAGAUGGCCUGAUAUCCACUGAUAAAGGGCUGGCUUCUAAUUCAGCAUUGCUUGGACAACAUUGGAAAGUGGCAGGGUCCUUGGGAUGUGAAGAAUUGACUCCAAGAGAGUGCCCAGACUUGGAAAGCACUGCUCGCCAUCAGCGAGUCCUCACUGCAGAAUGUGGACUCCUUGUGGACAAGAGUGGCCCCUUUAGGGAGUGCCAUGGCAAAAUUGACCCAGAAUUGUUUUUCCUGGAUUGUGUGUAUGAUUACUGUACAUCCAAUGGUCAGAAGGCUGUUCUGAGAUACAUCAUUGCUGCUUAUGCUGAGGCCUGUCAAAGCAUUGAGGUGACCAUUUAUAGCUGGAGAAUCCACAUAUUCUGGAAACCAGUAUGUCCCCAAAACAGCCAUUAUGAACUCUGUGCCCGGAGCUGUCAGCCAACUUGCCACAGCCUCUUCUCCCCUCUGCUUUGCUCAUCACACUGCGCAGAAGGCUGUGUCUGUGAUGAGGGGUUUGUGCUCAGUGGGGGACGCUGUGUCCCCAUGGCUCAAUGUGGUUGCGCCUAUCAGGACUCCUACUAUUCCAUUGGGCAAACCUUCUACCCAACCAGCAAGUGCAAUGUGGAAUGUGUUUGCCAGGCUGGAGGAGAUGUUACCUGCAAGCAGAUCUCUUGUGGUCCCAAGGAAAAGUGCAGCAUAGUAGACGGUAUUGCAAAGUGCCAUCCAGUUGCUUCAGCCACUUGCUCUGCCUCUGGUGAUCCUCAUUACACCUCCUUUGAUGGACUCCACUUUAACUUCCAAGGCAACUGUACUUAUGUCCUUGCCAAGACGGCCACCAAGGGUAGAAACAGCUUAAUUCCUUUUACAAUAAGAGAAGAAAAUGAAGCCUGGGGAAGUGGAAGAGUCUCAGUCACUAAGAUGGUAUCGCUGGAAAUCUAUGGCUUUACUCUUACUCUUCUGCAAAACAAAAAGGGACUGGUCAUGGUGAAUGGAAUAUUCCAGUCUCUUCCCAUAAUCCUUUCAGGAGGACAGCUCCGAGCCUAUCAGCAUGGCACUAAAGUUCAGAUGGAAACUGGCUUUGGACUCAUUGUGAGCUAUGACUUGGUUUACCACGUGACAGUCACUGUCCCAAGCACUUACCAGGGUCAAAUGGAAGGCCUAUGUGGGAACUACAAUGGGCAGAAGGAUGAUGAGUUCCUGCUCCCUGGUGGCAGCAAAGCCUCUAAUGCAGCUGCUUUUGGUGCUGCUUGGAAGGUUCUAGUCCCAGGGGCAACUGGAGCCUGCUCAGAUGGAUGCUCAGGAAGUGACUGCCCAACCUGCGAGGAAAGAAAGAUGGACAUUUUCAAGCAGCACAACUAUUGUGGGAUCCUCACAGCAUCAGAUGGCCCCUUCAGAGCCUGCCACAGCAAGGUGGACCCCAGUGUGUAUUUCAAUGAUUGCAUCUAUGAUCUUUGUGUGGGCAAUGGAGACAGUCCGGUCUUAUGCCAAAGCAUCCAGAGCUAUGCGUCUGCAUGCCAAGAGGCGAAGGUCCCCAUCCAACCCUGGAGGAGCCCAGAGUUCUGCCCUCUAAGCUGCCCUCCGAACAGCCACUAUGAAAUCUGUGCUGAUCUGUGCUCUGUUGAUUGUGUGGGGCUUGGUGACUUCCAAGUGUGCCCUGAGAUGUGUGCGGAGGGCUGCCAAUGUGAUGAUGGUUUCUUCUUUGAUGGCCUUGGCUGCAGUACAGCGGAAAACUGUGGAUGUUUUGGGAAUGGAAGCUAUUAUAAGCCCAAUGAGAAAGUCCUGCUGAAUGAAUGCCAACAAGUCUGCAGUUGUGUUCCAGGUCGAGGAGUCAUAUGCGAAUCCCACAGCUGCUCUUCUGAUGAAACCUGCAAGAUCCAGAAUGGCAUAAUGAAAUGCGUCAAUAAAGAUCCUUGCCAGGCAUUAAGGUGUCGGAUCAAGGAAACAUGUAAAGUGGAGAAUGGCAGAGCAACCUGCGUCCCAGAUUACAAUGCCACUGCCUGGGGCUGGGGAGACCCACAUCUCCACACCUUUGAUGGCCUGGACUUUAGCUUCCAAGGCACCUGCACCUACACCCUUUGCAAGUAUUGUGGCAAUGACCCCACCCUGGUGCCAUUUGUGGUGGAUGAGAAGAAUGAUAACCGUGGCAGCCAAGCCAUUUCCUACGUGAGAGUGGUCACCAUCUCUCUCUUAGGGUACAACAUCUCCGUCCAUAGGAAGGAAGUUGGUAAAAUCCGGCUGAAUGGUGUUGUCACAAACUUGCCGGUAACUCUGGAGGAUGGGAAGAUACAGCUGUUUCGGAGUGGUUUGACCGCUGUCUUGCAAACCAACUUUGGCCUAAUGGUUUCUUAUGACUGGACCUGGACAGUGGAGAUCACUUUGUCCAGCAGUUACUAUGGCAGCACCUGCGGUCUUUGUGGAAAUUUCAACCAAAAUCCAGAUGAUGACAUGUUGAUGCCUACAGGGAUCAUGGCUUCUUCUGUGGUGGAGUGGGCUGCAAGCUGGAAUGUCCCAGAUCGUGACCCUUUCUGCUGGCAUGUCUGUGAGGGGAACUGCCCUACUUGCGAAGAAAGCAAACGGCAGCUCUUUGAAACUGAGGAAUUCUGUGGGCUCAUCAGCAAGUCAAAGGGAGGCCCUUUCCAAAAAUGCCACACUAAAUUGAACCCCAACAGCUUCUUUGACAGCUGCAUCUAUGAUGUCUGCCUCAAUGGUGGUGCUAAAAGCAUCCUGUGCCAGGCCCUGGAGGCUUAUGCCACCAAUUGCCGCAAGGAAGGUGUGGUCAUCCAAGACUGGAGAACCCAGAGUGGCUGUGCUUUACCUUGUCCUGAGAACAGCCAUUAUGAAGCCUGUGGAAAUGCCUGCCCAGCCAGCUGUUCCGACCGAUCUGCUCCUUCUACUUGUAAUAUACCCUGUGUGGAAACCUGCCAAUGCAACGAAGGGUAUGUGCUCAGCACUGACAAAUGUGUCCCUGUGGAGAGCUGUGGCUGCACACAUGAUGGCCUUUAUUAUAAGCCCAAUGAGGAGUUCUGGGCUGAUAAGAACUGCAGAUCUUAUUGCCACUGUGAUCCCAAGCUGGGCAUGGUGGUGUGUCAGCCAAGCAAUUGCAAGGCUAGCGAGAGAUGCACCACAGUCGAUGGCAUUCGGGGCUGUCACCCCACCAGCUAUGCGACCUGUACAGCCACUGGAGAUCAUCACUACACCACUUUUGAUGGGAAAAGAUAUGAUUUUUCUGGCACUUGCAUCUACCAGCUGGUUGGCCUCUGUUCCAGAGACGUAACUCUCAUUCCGUUCAUGAUCAAGAUCCAGAACAGCCAGGGUAGUAAGGCAAUGCCAUUCUUUUCUGAGAUUACCCUGGAAGUCUAUGACAGGAUUAUUAAAAUCAGCCAGAAGCACCCAAACAUAUUACAGGUAGAUGGAGUAUUUGUAGAUCUGCCUUUCUACCAUGAAGAUAAGAUUAAAGCUUACAUCAGUGGAGUUCAUGUUGUUGUAAAGACCAAGUUUGAUCUCACCUUGACCUUCAGUUGGAACAGACUUGUCCAUGUCAAAGUUCCAAGAAGUUACCUCAAUGCUGUUUGUGGCCUCUGUGGCAAUGACAACGGAGAGCCUAAUGAUGACUUGACCAUGAAAGAUGGGAGCCAAGCUACCAAUGUCAUCCAAUUUGCUAACAGCUGGAAGAUAGGCGAGAUUCCUGUUUGUGUGGAUGAAUGCACCAGCAACUGCCCAGUGUGUAGGGAAGAACAGAAACAAUUCUACAAAGGGGAUAAAUAUUGUGGGAUCCUCUUAAGAAAGGAUGGACCAUUCAAAUCAUGCCAUGGUACCAUCGAUCCAACUCCCUACUUUGAUGACUGUGUCUCUGACACCUGCAAAUACAAGGGACAUCAUGAUACACUCUGCAGUGCCAUCAGUUCUUAUGUGACUGCCUGCCAAGCUCAGGGCAUCCAGGUUGGACAGUGGCGAUCAGCCUCCUUUUGUAGCCUCUAUUGCCCGCAGAAUUCGCACUAUGAUCUUUGUGGAAAUGGGUGCCCAGUCACCUGCCACAGCCUUUCAGCUCCUGAUGGGUGUGAGAUGUCCUGCAAGGAAGGUUGCUACUGCAAUGCUGGGUUUGUCCUCAGUGGAGAUCAAUGUGUCCCUAUUGGGGACUGUGGCUGUAUAUACCAGGAACGAUACUACAAGAAGGGAGACGAGUUCUUCCCCACUUCUUCCUGCCAGGAAAAAUGCCACUGCAGAGAGAAUGGUAUUGUGGAAUGCCAGAAAGUCUCCUGUGGAGCACAAGAGGAAUGCAAGGUGGAGCAUGGGAUCAGAGGAUGCCACUCUACUGGUUGUGGCACAUGCAGUGUGGCUGGAGGAACCUACCUGACCUUUGAUGGACAUGCCUUCAACUUCCCAGGCUCCUGUACCUACACCCUGGCCAAAGUUUGCAGCAGGGAUUCAGAUCUUGCAAAGUUUUCUGUGGUUGUGGAGAAUGAGAGCUUGGGUGCAAGCAAGGUUGUACAAAAGAAUGUGAUAAUCACUGUCCAUGGAUAUGUCAUCACUCUUAAGAAGGGAACAACCUGGAAGGUUUCGGUGGAUGGAGAGGUCUACACACUGCCUUUGGUAGUAGAUAGGAGAGAAGUUUGGGUCAGUCAAGAGGGGAAGAAUAUUGUGGUCCACACAGAUUUUGGCCUCAGCGUUCUCUACGAUUCCUCCCAUUAUCUUCUGAUCUAUAUUCCCACCACAUAUCAAGGACACGUGUGUGGUCUCUGUGGCAACUUUAAUGGUGACAGGACUGAUGAAUUACAACUACCGAGUGAGGUGAUCACUCGGAAUGUGACCGAAUUUGGAGCAUCUUGGAAAGUGUUGGUUGAUGAUACCAGAUGUACCGAUGGAUGCAGGCACAACUGUCCCUCAUGUGAUGCCACAAAGACAAGGCAGUACCAGGCUGAGAGUGCCUGUGGCCUUAUCCUAAGCAAAUCAGGCUCUUUCAGUGACUGUCAUGCUUUUGUCAAGCCUACUGAAUAUUUCAACCGUUGUGUGUAUGAAAUGUGUGUUGCUGAUGGGGCAAAAUAUGCCCUCUGCCAGAGUCUUCAAGCCUAUGUGGCUGCCUGCCAAGCAGCAGGAAGAAUUGUCAAGUCCUGGAGAACUUCCUUCUGCCCUCUCACUUGCCCAGCAAACAGCCACUAUGAGCUAUGUACCAGGUCCUGUGAUCUUACCUGCGCAGGCCUCUCUGCACCCCUACAAUGUACCACAAAAUGCUUUGAAGGAUGCCAGUGCAAUGCUGGCUAUGUCUCUGAUGGGGAAGCAUGUGUGCCCAUGAAUCAGUGUGGCUGUAUGCACAAUGGCCACUACAUCAAGGCUGAAGAAACAGUUAUAUCCAAGGACUGCUCUGAGAAAUGCACCUGCCAUGCCUCAGGUCGGCUUAACUGUGAAGGAUUCAGCUGUGGCAAAGGGAAGACAUGUGCACUCAAGAAUGGCACCCGUGGCUGUGUGACUGAGGAAGCCCAGUGUAUCCUUGCCCCAGGAGGCCAGCUCACCACCUUUGAUGGUGCCUCGGGGGAAAUUCUGUACAAUGGCAUAUACGAGAUUGCUUCUCUCCGUGAUGCUUCAGCCAGUGGCUGGUUUCGAGUGUUGGUGAAUGUGAGAGAGUCUGGAGAUGGUGAAGUGAUGGCAGGUGCUGCAGUUUAUGUCUUCUUCCAAGAGACCUUUAUUGCCAUUAGCAGGGGCAAGGAAGUUUGGGUGAAUGGUCAGCCAGUGCAGCUUCCAGCAAUUGUCUCUGAAGUCAUAUCUGUGCGCUUCUCUGACAACAUUGUCACCCUCAGCCAUGGGACAUCCUUGCAGGUCCUUUUUGACCUCAAAGGUGAAGUGACAGUGAAGGUCAAAGAAGCACUAGAGGGGAAGCUGAUUGCGUCCUGUGGAAAUUUCAAUGGCAACAGUUCAGAUGACCUGACCCUACCCAAUGGGAAGGUUGUGGGGAACAUAGCUGAAGUUAUUGAUGCCUGGAAGGCACGAGAUUUUAUUGGCUGUGAUUAAUAAUCCAAAGGAACCACUGAGAUUGGCAGGCUUUUGGAAAAAGAAAAAGGUUGCUCAGAAUAGAACAUGGUAAAUGUCAA